AUGCCCCCGAAGACCCCGACGGUGGCGCUCUCGGUGGGCAGGCCAGAGAAGCGCCGCAGGCUCGUGGGGAAGCAGAGCCAGCAGACGGCGUUCCUCGAGCAGGUCGUCGGCGAGGAGAACAGGAGCGCCUCGCGGGAGGUCUACUUGGUGACUCUGCCGCACACGGACAAGGAGGGUCUCGAAGCGCCGGCGGCUUUCUCGCGGGAUGAGUCUCGCGACGCGUUCCUGGACUGCUGCGGCGCCCCGGACGCCGACCCCGCGUGGCUCGCCAGCCAUCGCGGGCAGGGGGCCGCGCCCGUCGGGGUCAAGAAGCUGGUGGUGUUCAAAGAAUACUGCUCGCCAGUGGCAGGCGUCCGGCGGGCGCACAACCGCGUGGCCUUGCACCUGGGCAAGAAGAGCAAGUUCUUGACCGCGAAGCGGGCCUUGCCCAACAGGUACCAACUUGCCUCUCGCUGGUCCUGCAGCCACGACGGGCCCUGGGCGGCCGUCGGGCACGGCGCGAACGCGACGCCCAAGGAGCCGCGGUGCGCUCUGGGCGUUGACUACUCGGCUUGGCCCGCAGAGCACCCGCCGCUGACCGCGGCGAAGAGGGGGCCGACGACCGCCCGCGCUCUGGAGAAGCGCAGGACCGCGCGGGAGCAGGAAGUGGACCUGUGGCCGAUAGUGGUCAGGUCUGGGAUCCGGAAUUCUCCGAACGACCCCCGCGCAGUGCGCAAGUUGAUGGCGUGCGCUAAGACGUCUUGGUCGCACGAGGUGGUCGCCUGGAUGUCCAAGAACGAGCACGUGCUGGAGAAGGUCAUCGACAAGGCCUGGGCGUGGGAGACCGUGGACAGCUUCCUCGAAGAUUGGACGAAACCCGCCGUGCAACAGUCCACGGAGGCCCUGCGGACGCCUCGCGUUUGCGGCGGCCGCUGGCUGCACCGCGUCCGCGAGAGCCUGCCGAUGAAUCGCGUCGACGUCCCCGACCAGUGCAGCAGCGUCUUGAUGUCCCUGAAGCACGGUCGGUCCGAGGCGGCCCUGGCGGUCACCGUGGCUGGGCACUUCGGCGGAGAGGGGAAGUCUCUUUUCCUCUCGGCGGUGCGGCCGCUGUUUGGCGGUGAGCGCGUGCAGGAGAGGCCGGGCGGGGGGCAGUUUUGCUUCCGCGGCUUGGACAAGGCCAAGGCCGCGGUGCUGGACGAGUGGGUGUUCAUCGAUGGGACGGCGCUGGCGGGCCUCUCGUCCGAGUCGUCGCAGCGCCCGCUGGGGCAGGCUGGCAUGCUGCUCCAGCGGCUGAAUUUGCAUGUAUUCAUUGUGCCGAUUCCCAAGCCGCCGGCCCCGAAGCUACUGCCGUGCCCGCGCUGUUUCUCGACCCUCGUCACAAGCGAGGCUCUGAAGUUCAAGCCCGCUUUCAUGAAAGUAGCUGGCGAGGCAGCCAACAAGGCAGCCAACGAGGCAGCCUACGAGGCACCCGGCGAGGCGGCCAACGAGGCCUCCGACGAGUCAGCCCGCAGGGCAGCCAAAAAAACAGCCGUCGAGGCAACUGGCGAGGCAGCCAGCGAGGCGGCCAACGAGGUAACCCACGAGGCAGCCAACGAGGCAACCAACGAGGCCACUUUGAAGAGGGCCUGCCCUUCCGUGCGCGGCCAGUUCCGCGUCGCGGAGGACAGCGACCCCGCGGGCUACAAAUCUCGCUCGGGCACGGCGGCGAAGGAGUCCGCUGGCAUCCAGACGUUGGACUUCCCGAAGCGGCCCCCUGAUCUGAUGCCGCUUGGUUUCGCCAUCUGGGCCAAUCUGAACAAGCGCAUGAGGGGGCCAGCCGUGGCUGGGUCUCGCCGGGGGGUGGCGCUCUCGGUGGACAGGCCAGAGAAGCGCCGCAGGCUCGUGGGGAAGCAGAGCCAGCAGACGGCGUUCCUCGAGCAGGUCGUCGGCGAGGAGAACAGGAACGCCUCGCGGGAGGAGUUUCGCGGCGCUUUCCUGGGCUGCUGCGGCGCCCUGGACGCCGGCCCCGCGCGGCUCGCCAGCCCUCGCGGGCAGGGGGCCGCGCCCGUCGGGGUCAAGGAGCUGGUGGCAUUCAAAGAAUACCGCGCGCCAGUGGCAGGCGUCCGGCGGGCGCACUACCGGGUGGCCUUGCACCUGGGCAAGAAGAACAAGUUCUUGACCGUGGAGCGGGCCUUGCCCAACAAGUGCCAACUCGCCUCUCGCUGGUCCCGCAGCCGCGACGGGCGCUGGUCGGCCGUCGGGCACUGCGUGAACGCGACGCCCAAGAUGCCGCGGAGCGCCCUGGGCGUUGACUACUUGGCUUGGCCCGCGGAGCACCCGCCGCUGACCGCGGCGAAGGGGGGGCCGACGACGGCCCGCGCUUUGGAGAAGCGCAGGACCGCGCGGGGGCAGGUCGAGGGCGAGAAGGGGAAGCCAGAGCCUCGCGUCGAGGAGGUGGACCUGUGGCCGAUAGUGGUCAGGUCUGGGACCCGGAAUUCUCCGGGCGACCCCCGCGCAGCGCGCGAGUUGAUGGCGCGCGCUCAGACGUCCUGCUCGCGCCAGGUGGUUGCCUGGAUGUUCAAAAACGAGCACGUGCUGGAGAAGAUCAUUGAGCAGGCCUGGGCGUGGGAGAGCGUGGACAGCUUCCUCGAAGACGUGACGAAACCCGUCAUGCGACAGUUUAGGGGGGCCUUGCGGACGCCUUGCGUCUGCGGCGGCCGCUGGUUGCACCGCGUCCGCGAGAGCCUGUCGAUGAGUCGCAUCGACGUCCCCGACUUGUGCAGCAGCAUCUUGAUGUCCCUGAAGCGCGGUCCGUCCGGGGCGGCCCCGGCGGUCACCUUGGCUGGGCGCUUCGGCGGAGAGGGGGGGUCUCUUCUCUUCUCGGCGGUGCGGCCGCUGUUCGGCGGUGAGCGCGUGCAGCUCUUGUGGCUGGAGGGCAAGAAACCCGUGCCCAUCACUAUGCCCCAGAACCAGCACGUCGGGCACAUGUUGUACAUGGGGUCCGCCCCGAUUUUUGUCACCUGCCCCGAGACGGCGCUGGCGGGCCUCUCGUCCGUGUCGCCACAGCGCCCGCAGGGGCAGGCUGGCGUGCUGCUCCGGCGGCUGACGUUGUACUUAUUCAUUCACUUUGCCGAUUCCCAAGCCGCUGGCCCCGAAGCUAGCGCCGUGCCCGCGCUGUUUCUCGACCCUCGUCGCAAGCGAGCCCCCGUGGAUCUUCGCGAGGCCUUCCUGGAGGCCCUCCCGGGCGAGGUCCGCGUGAAGGCCGCAGCUGCCAUCGGGAAUGGUCUUCGUGAAGUCGUGCUUCAAGCAAUGGGCGAGCUGAAGACCAUGUUAUCAGACGCGAACGCAAUGGCUCGUAGGAGUGCCGCAUCGGCCAUCGGGCAGGGCGGCCACGAGGCCGUGCUCCAGGCCGUGGACGGGCUGAAGGCUUUGCUGCGAGAUCAGAGUGCAAGCGUCAAGGAGAAGGCCGCAUGGGCCGUCGGGCAGGGCCUCGGUGAAGCCGUGCAUCAGGCCGUGGGCGAGUUGAAGGUAUUGCUGAAAGGCCGCAAGGACCGCGGGCCAGGGGUUCGUGAGAAGGCCGCAUGGGCCAUCGGGCAAGGCGGGAACGAGACCGUGCUCCAGGCCAUGGCUGAGCUGGAGGCUUUGCUGAAAGACCCAGUUGCGAAGGUCCGCGCGGCGGCCGCAGAAGCGAUCGGAAAGGGCGGGAGCGAUGCCGUGCGCCAGGCCAUGGGAGAGUUGCACAGUUUGCUGCACGAUUCAGAUGCUGGGGUCCGUAAGUCAGCCGCGUAUUGUCUACAGAGUAGUGGUGCAGAGUUCGUGGACCACGCGGUCAAGUAUCUUCGGCCUUCGCUCAAUUGGGCUACAACGGAAUCAGAAGCUCUCAGGGAUGCCUUGGACGCUGUGGACAAGUUGGGCCUGGCAGCAAUCCAGAGCUGCCUCCCUGAGUUGAAGCUGGUUCUUCGCGAGUGUGACCUCUGGGAUAAGUUCUCAGCCUCAUCGGUUGCGAUGAACCAGCUGAUUAUUGCAGGAGCUGCAAAGCCCUUGAGACGGUUUUUCAUGUCCCUUCCGAGCCCUUUGCCAGUGGACAUGUUUCACGUCCUGCAGCAGGCUAGGGGCAAGCUGGCGAGCAUGGCAACGAAGUUUCCCACACUGGCGGAUUACAGCGCAAUCCGUGAAGUCGAGAGUGCAAUCGAUGCGCUUACUGCGGUUGCGGAGUACAGUUGCAUGAAGGCAUUCGAGGCGCAAGUGGGUGACCUCUUGCCAGUGAAGUGGUUGGCAGUGGAAGCGCCGAACGGCUACAUGGUGAAACUAGGUGCACACGGGCUAGAAGCCCACAAGUGCCCCAAUAGCCGUGCUUGCCCACGUGAAACCAUCAACGUCACCGUGGCCGCAGCUGGCAGCGGCCGAGCCAGCGCGUCGCCGCGCGCAGACUACACAUGCCCCCUUGCGCGCAACACAAGUGGGGAAGGCAGCCCAUGCGACGAGGGAUACAACAGCAGCGUUGCUGGAUGCGCUGGCUGCCUGAAGGGCUGGGGCCGAUCGUUUUCAGAUGCGUUUUUGUGCCAGAGGUGCAGCAGUUUCGGUUGGCAGUGGGCAGCCUGGCUGGCCCAACCUUCCGCGCUGCUAUUACUAUCGCUGCGGAGCGCAAACAAUGCAGCUGCACAAGGUGAGGCUGCGGCCCUUGCCAACGACGUGCUGAAGAUCACCCUCUCCUUCAGCUCGAGCUCCGCCGUGAUUCUAUCGUCGUUGGGCACCUCUGCUGUGAACCGCAACUUCAGCAACCACACGAAGGACUGGCUGGGACAUGUCUCGUGGGUUACCCAGCUAGGCGAGGCGAUUGGAUCUUCGAGCGCCGCCGACUGCUUGUUGGGGCGGGUGCUCUCGCUCGACGAGCUGCUCGUGAUGUCGCUCGUAAAUCCAGCCAUCGUUCUUUCCACCGCCGUACUGGUUCUGGGCGUCAUCUGCGUUGUCCGCUGGUGGCGGGAUCUGGGCACCACCUUCGGGAAGGACCUCAUGACCCUUUCGCUGGUCGCUGGAAACCUGUACCUGCCCAGCGUGGCGGCGGCCUGCGCGAUUGUCGUCCCCUGCUACCACACACAGGCUGAAGAUUACAGGGAUAGUUUCCGCAUGGCGUAUUCCACGGCUGAGAGUUGCGGUGACCGAUGGUUUCACAUGCUAUUUCGGGCGCCGCUUCUUGUUCUGGUGUUCAUUGUCGGUCCCUUUCUCUGGUGGUGGCUUCUCGAUAAGUGCGCGCUGGAGGAGGACAGGCGAUUGCUGCGUUUCCUGACAGCCUCGUAUCGUCCAGCGAACCAGGGCUGGGAGGCAAACCGCCUUGCGAAAAACAUCCUCUUGAAGUUCGCUGUGGCCGCUGCGCCCGAAUCGUAUCACCCAGGGCUGCAACUGUUCCUCGUCCUGACCCUGAUGUUCACUUUCACAGCUGCGCACCUGCGCUGCUACCCGUACAAGUUCGGUGCUCUCAACACCAUUGAGGCCAGCUCCUUGUGCGUGCAGAACGUUUGCAUCAUGGUAUCCAGUCUGGCAGUAAGCGAAUCAUGGCCACUGACCAGGGGCUUCGCUGCGCACUUGACCUUGUCCGCGUACAGUUUGCUGGCGAUCAACGCUUUCGUCCUUUCGUCCUUAUGCGUCUGGUCGAGGUUCAGGCUCGACGACGGCCACGACCUCGUCAAGGCCUGACCACUCGAGCGCGUCGGAUGGCAUCUGCGCGGCGUUCUGAGCGAGCCGCCAGGCGAGACCAGGACAGGUCCUGCGCAGCACUUGGUUGGGCUUGUGGAAAGAGCGCGGGCAUGUG